AUGGAAAAGCUCAUUCACGACUUCUACUCAUAUCUUUUCGAUAACCUGCCUCCUCACCACCUGAGCGAGGAUGGAUCCUAUCGUUACAAUGGUCCUCCCCUCCGAUAUCCGAUCGCUGAACCUGGACAAGAAGAUGUUGAUGAGGAAGAGAUUUCUGAUGCUAUAUUCACGCUCAACGAAAUGAAUAUUUCUCAAUGCUCCAGUUAUGUAUACCAAGGUCGGGAAAUUAACAUGAUGAACAACUUGACCUCCGAGCUGGGCAGGAGGAAACGAGUGGCUUGGGGAGCAUAUAAGAGCAUCGAGGAUGCAAUGAAGAUGACUAAGAAUAUCCGGCUCCAGGCUCACCUUUUCAACACCACCGUUCUUUUUGCUCUGACCUACGCUUCAGAAAACUGGACGUGUCGCAAGCAGGAAGAAAAUGCUAUCAGCGUCAUAGAGCGCGCAAUCGAAAGGGUGGUGCUGAUAGUAUCCGGCUCUACGCCAGUGAAGGAAGGGAUUCGAAAUUCCCUCCUACGUCACCGAUCGAAGAUCAGAGACGCUGCCAAUGAAAGGCGGUGGGCGAAUGGAAGCUUCGAGUCCCUCGUGAGAAGAAAAGCCAUUGGGCAACACUUGCGCGCGCUCGGGUCAAAUGGAAGUAUUAUGGGUGCCCGUCCGAGCAAAUCGAUGAACAAAGGGAGCGGUGAUACAGAUUCGCUACAAGUUCUCAGCAAGCAGUUUGUUGACGUGUAUUGGAAUGAGGAUAAAAGCCGAGCUCUCGUAAGGGCUGACCUCGACAAAUUCAAAGCGGAACACAAAAAUCAGGCUCACGUUUUCUGCUACGUUGACGAAGUACUACCGCAAGGGUCAUGA